AUGGAUGCUUUUAAUAACACUACCUCUUCAGACUAUUCUUCAGAGAAGGGGAAUGGCACCAAGUUCGAGGAGGUAGCCCUCAGCUACCAGAUCCUCACCUCGUUCGUCUUGGGCACACUGAUCCUCUGUGCGAUUUUUGGCAAUGCCUGUGUGAUCGCAGCCAUAGCCUUGGAAAGGACUCUUCAGACGGUGGCCAACUAUCUCAUAGGCUCCUUGGCGGUCACUGACUUGAUGGUCUCCGUCUUGGUGUUACCCAUGGCGGCUCAAAACCAAGUUCUCAACAAGUGGACUCUGGGCCAGGUAACCUGUGAUAUCUUUAUUUCUUUAGACGUUUUGUGUUGUACCUCGUCCAUUCUCCAUCUGUGUGCUAUAGCUUUGGACAGAUACUGGGCGAUCACAGACCCCAUAGACUAUGUGAACAAGCGGACUCCUAGGAGAGCUGCCAUUCUCAUUAGCCUGACAUGGAUAGUGGGCUUCUCAAUAUCCAUCCCACCCAUGUUGGGCUGGAGGACACCUGAAGACAGGUCUGACCCUGAUGCUUGUAAGAUCAGUGAAGACCCAGGUUACACCAUCUACUCCACCUUUGGGGCUUUUUAUAUCCCGUUAAUUCUAAUGUUGAUAUUAUAUGGUAAGAUAUUUAAAGCAGCCAGGUUCAGGAUUCGUAAAACUGUUAAGAAAGCUGAGAAGAAGAAAGUGGCAGACACUUCUCUGUCAAUCUCCCCAGCAACCAUCCAAAGCAACUCUAAGAACCACCUUGAGCUGCCAAACCAUUCCAGUGACAACCCAUCUCCUACAUGCUUUGAGAAGAAGAACGACAAGAGCGCUGAUGCCAAGAGGAAAGUGGCCCUGGCCAGGGAGAGGAAAACGGUUAAAACGCUAGGUAUCAUCAUGGGCACCUUCAUUUUUUGCUGGUUGCCAUUCUUCAUCGUUGCCCUGGUUUUGCCAUUCUGUGAAUCCUGCCACAUGCCACACUUGCUGUUCGAUGUCAUCAACUGGCUAGGCUACUCAAACUCUCUCCUCAACCCUAUUAUUUAUGCUUACUUUAAUAAAGAUUUCCAAAGUGCUUUUAAGAAAAUCAUCAAGUGCAAAUUCUGUAGACAGUGA